AUGAACGACAGCUCGUGCUCGCAGUCCAAUGCCAGCAGCACGGACGGACAGCUGCUCUUCGAGUUCGUGGCGUACGGCGUGCUGCUGAACCUGAUCGGUAUCUUCGGGAUCGUAGGCAACAUCAUCUCGAUGAUCAUACUAUCGCGGCCACAGAUGCGCUCGUCCAUCAACUACUUGCUGAUCGGGCUGGCGCGCUGCGACACCGUGCUGAUCGUGACGUCGGUGCUGCUGUUCGGGCUGCCGGCCAUCUACGGGUACACGGGGAUGCUGAUGGCGUACUUCUACUACGUGUACCCGCUCGUGGCGCCCAUCGUGUUCCCCGUGGCGCUGAUCGCGCAGACGGUGUCGGUCUACCUGACGCUGACGGUGACGCUGGAGCGCUUCGUGGCGGUGUGCCACCCGCUGCAGGCGCGCUCGCUCUGCACGUACGGCCGCGCGCGCCUCUACGUUCUGCUCAUCCUGGCACUCGCAACCGUCUACAACCUGCCGCGCUUCUGGGAGGUCACGCACGUCGAGGACUUCAGCCCCAUCACCAACUCCACCAUCUACACAGUGGCGCCCACCUCCCUGCGCGACAACCGCAUCUACAUCUCGGUCUACAUACACUGGCUCUACUUCAUCUUCCUCUACAUCCUGCCAUUCGCCUGCUUGGCCGUGCUGAACACCGCAAUAUACCGUCAGGUGAGGAAGGCCAACCAAGAACGGCAACGUCUGUCCCGGCUGCAGAAGAAGGAGAUUGGGCUCGCGACGAUGCUCCUGUGCGUCGUCAUCGUCUUCUUCCUCUGCAACAUCCUCGCUCUGGUAAACAACAUUCUGGAGGCAUUCUACUGCAUAAACAUCGACCAGCUAGUCAAAACGAGCAACCUGCUCAUCACCAUCAACUCGUCGGUGAACUUCGUGAUCUACGUAAUAUUCGGGGAGAAGUUCAAGCGUCUGUUCCUGAAGAUUUUCUGCUCGCACGGCCGGUGGCUGGGCCACGGGGGUCGCGACUCGCCGGACGGCACGCACGACGACAGCCUCGUGUCAAACGGCGACGGCCGCCACUACUCCAUCCGGCUGCAGCGCAGCGUCACCAGACACGCUAGCCGGCGACAGGGGCCACGCGCCCCGUCGCCUGGGCCCUGCGUCUAUUAUCCCAAGCGCACCCACGAGUGGGACGCCACCACCUCCACCACCGUCAACAAGCUGUGA